UUUGUGUCUUUAGCCUUUAGCUCUAUUCACCCCCAUUCAUUUAAGACUCACUCGCAGGCUCCCUCUAGCGGUGAGCAGUUGUUACUGAUAUAAAAGUGGGAAGGCUCGCUAUAAACCAGCUCUGGCUGUAGCUGGAGGAGAGAGGCUAGCUGAUAAAGCUAACAGAGAGGCGGUUAAAUAGCCAUUUUUAACGGGUUGUUUUUAACUCUUUUUAGCAGUUAAAGCGGUAAAAGCCCUGCAGGAUGUCUGUCCUGGACAUGAACCGUGUUAAAGGACUGAGAAAAGGCGGGGAAUUAGAGCUGAAAGGGUGAAGGGAAGCUACCGGCUUCAGCUGCUGGAGAAUCUGAGCUGAGCUGCUGCAGCUGCUGAGGAAACCUGCAGGGAACCACCUAGGCAGUAUACAGCAGGAUUAGCCAGCAGACUUCGUCUGAGAGAGGGAUCUGUACCUACUGUCCUUGGCAGAUUGACUUUUGCUAUGGUGGAAGAAGUGAAGUCUUAGCUGGGCCAGUUCAAAGGAAAUGGAGUUUACAGUCACUAACCCUGCUGAGUCUUGCAGUGUGCAGCAGCAGCACCACCAACAGCAGCAGUUUCCGCAAUAUCAGCAGUAUCAGCAGCCGUGGCCGGACUGCAGGAGCUGGGCCCCUGUCUCCUCUCCAGCUGGAUCUCCUCCUGGGAUGUCCGGCAGUUUUCCUCCAUCCUGCCACCCCCACCAUCUGAGCUCUGCACCUCAGAGCAGACCGGAUAACAUGGGUCCUGUGUGGCCACAACCAUCAGUGGGCUCAGGCUAUCCACAGCAAGCAGCAUGCUGGUCCCCUUCACAACCACAGUGUAAUGGUGUAUUUAAACCUGUUCCUGAUGUCAGUGGUCCAACCCAGAUGGCACCACAAGGAAUCAGCUCCCAGCCGACCAGUCCGCUGUCCAGCCCCAAGUCAGAGUCUCGCUAUGGUCUGGACCCUCAGAUACUCCCCAGUGUCGUGCAGGUGGUCAGUGAGGACAGAGUCCAGUGGGAAGGAAAGGUGUUUUUAUCAGAAUCUCAGUCCUCCGUCCCUCCGCUCUCCACCACUGCCUGCACUCUGGAGGACAGAGGUAACGCCACAGCUCGCUUUGUCCGCUGCACAACGUACAGCUUCCCUGAUGAGGCCCAGUCAGCACAACAGUGCCAUCUGCCUCUAGCAGCCAUCUUCUGCCCUCUAGCCAGACUUGAGAAUGAAGAGCAGACAGUGCCGGUGUGUGAAGCGGGGGAGUGUGUUAAGGGCUGUAGAGAUUGCGGCGCCUUCAUGAGUCCUGCAAUGAGCUGGCAGGACUGUGGCCAGCGCUUCUACUGCCCGUUCUGCGGAAAGCUUACAGAAGUGCCAUGGCAGUCCUAUCAGCCUACCAACAAGGGGCAGCGAAUCGACCGCGAGAAGAAACCAGAGCUCAGCUUGGGUUCAUACGAGAUACUGGAAACGCAGAAGGGAGAAGCUGCUGUGCUGCUCCUGGCAAUCGAUGUCACUGCCGUUGCGAUACAGUCAGGACAGCUGGAUUUCAUCUGUCAGCAGCUCUGCUCCCUCCUGCAGUCUCUAGAUGGGGGGGAAGAUGCUGAGCAGUCCAGUCUCAGAGUUGGUCUGAUGACCUAUGACAGUAGGAUUCACCUCUAUGACCUCAGCCCCACUUUGUCCCGCCCCCACAUGAUGGUCAUUACGGACACAGAGCAGCUGGAGCUUCCUGUGAGGGAGGGGCUUCUGGUGCCACUCAAGGAAUGCAGGCAUAUUGUAGAGAGCGUUCUACAGCAACUCCCAUUGUUCGAUGCUGAGACUCAGGAAAGCUCAGGCUGCCAAGAUCUUCCUGUUUCAGCUGCGCUCAAGAUCCUACAGGCCACAGAUUGUCCUGGGAAGCUCCUGAUCUUUCACUCCUCACCUCUUACUGAACCCCCAGACAAGCAAAGCUCCACAGGCUUCUUCACCUCCAGCAAACCAAAGUCCAUCUUUCAGGUUCCAGACUCCUCCGCCUCAUUGGCUAAGGCUUGUGUCAGUCAAGGCUGCAGCGUGGAGGUGUUUGUGUUUUCGCAGCAGGAUGUGGGCGGGGCUUGGCCUGGACAUGUUCCCUUUCUGACGGGUGGCAAGCUUCUCUGCUACAACAGUUUACAGUCUGAGGUGGAGAGAGCACGUUUCUGUGGAGACUUGUUGAGGACUGUAAACACUGAUACAGCAUACAAAGCUCAGCUCAGAGUUUUCAUCAGUAAAGAAUUAAGUGUGUCUGGUUGCUAUGGCUCCUUCCUUGCCGACCCAAACUCCCGCUGUGUUGCCAUGGCAGCACUUGAUUGGCGCACAGCCCUGGCAUUUGAGUUCACACACAGUAAAUCCCUUGAUGAAAUGAGAGGCGUGGCCAUACAGGCAGUUCUGUCUUACAGCAGCUCUACAGGAGAGAGGAAAACACGGGUCCACACUGUUACUUUGGCCAGCUCCCAGAACCUGCUGGACACGUUCCGAACCAGCCAAGCUGAGACACUGCUUACUUUCUACUGCAAAAAGAUGUAUUGCUCAGCAUUGGAGACCCCUCUGCAGUGUCUUCGUGAGGAGCUUCAGAUGGAGAUCACUGAGGCUUUAGCCUGCUACAGGAAACACUGCUGCACUACCUCCGUCUCCCCUGGACAGCUGGUGUUGCCUCAGUUUCUGAAGGUCCUCCCAGUCUACAUCAACAGCCUGCGGAAGAGUGAAGUGCUGCUGCCCGGCCUGCGCAGCACCGUGCACCAGCGUCUGCAGCUGCGCAGCCUCACCGUCUCCAUGGAUACGCGCAGCACCGCCGCUCAGCUCUACCCACUCAUCCUGCCUCUGUCUGUGAAUGCUGAGAAGUUCAGUAUGUCCUCCAUGGAUCCAGCGGUGCGCUGUUCUGCCUCCAGCCUGCAGCCCGACUCGCUAUACCUCCUCUUCUCCCCCCUCACUCUGCUGCUGUGGGUGGGCAGCACAGUGUCCCCCCAAGCCUUAACACAACUCUUCAACACCACCUCCUUUUCAUCACUCGUAUCCGGAGAGAUAAAUCCUCCUGUGUUGGAUAACCCUCUCUCAGCUGGUCUUCGGAAUCUCAUCAGCACCCUACAGUCCUAUGCAGCUGUUACCCUCAAGCUGAAGGUGGUGAAGGAAGGCGACAGUUGUGAGGAGUGUCUCCAGCGCCUUCUAGUGGAGGACAAGAGUCCUAACGGAGGAGCUUCGUACGCCGACUUCAUGUUCCACCUUCAUGUGAACUCGCUGCGCCGAGUUGUGGGAUGAUGGCGGCGCGUUGUCUCUUCUCUUCUUCUUCUUUUGUGUUCUUCUUCUUCUUUUACCUCUGGCUCAGCACUGUCUUCAAUCAGGGACAAGAACCUUAUUCUCCUAGAAAAUGUCUAUAAAGUCUAUUUAUUUUAUCAUAUUUAUGAAUGAAUGGUGUCUAAGGUACGGAUAGUACGGGAGAAAGCAUCAUGACUGUAAUCACGGAUUUAAGAGAGGAGGGAAGGAAGAAAGAAAGAAGACUUAUGGGAUUGGACUGAGGACGGUGUAUAAUGUAUGAAAGUCGAGCUCAGCGGUUCCCCGGUUCUAGCAGACUGCCUGCCUGUGUGUGUGCAUUCCUGAGGAAGAUUUAAAUGUUAAAUUUAACAUUUCAGUCAUGAAUUUUGCACUGGCUGCAUUACAGUGGGUGGAGAAUUACAACUUGCAUGUUUUAGGAUUUGAAGCAAUAAGAUAUUUAUUGAAUUUUCUGCUUGUUACAUCUGUGUAUCUGUAAUAUUUGUGUGUGCGUGUUUAUUUAUUUCAUAUUUAUUUUUGUAUUUGACUGCAGGUCUCUGCCUCGUGGAAGUGUUUAAAUAAACAGAAGCGUGUGAGACGACAGGAAUUUG